AUGAAGUUCGCACUCCAUCUCGCUUUCACCGUGACCGUUGCUGCCUUGGCUCAAGACCAAGUUGUCCGCGGCGACGAGGCCCCCGGUUUCGAAAUCGUCGGGGGCCAGGAAGCCCAAUUCGGCCAGCACCGUUAUGUGGUUGGGCUCAAGAGGUCGUCCAAUGAUACGACCGAGUGCGGCGGUAGUCUUAUCGCCCCCAAUGUCGUUUUGACAGCGGCACAUUGUUUGACUGGUAAACUACGUGCUGUGGUCGUGGGCACGCACUAUUCAACCGGUUUUGCCGACGGGGAACUGGCCAGUGUCACCCAGGAAAUCAAACACCCCAAUGGCGCCGACGUGGGCAUCGUAAUCUUGAACCGCAACAUCGCGGGCAUCCAACCUGUGGCGGUGUCGUUUGAAUUCGUUCCGGCGAACGUGCUCACUUGGGUACGCGGCUGGGGAUUCGUCACGAGUCGUGGCCCCCAUUCGCUAGUGCUCAAGGAGCUCAACGUUACGACAUGGAACAACACCGGGGCCUCGGCUGCUUUGUUCCAUCAACUGACCGAUACGACAUUGGGUGCUGGAGGGGUGGAAGGAGAAGACGCGUGUCGCGGCGACUCGGGGGGACCGUUGACCAUCGAAGAAAACGGCACCGUGCGCUUGGUGGGGGUGGUCAGCUGGGGCUUUGGCUGUGGUGUGCAUGGCGAACCAGGUAUAUAUGAACGCGCCAGCGCUGCUCGUGCUUUCAUUGAACCGCACUUGCCAAAUUAA